ACUUACUGCUUCAAGAUAACAAGAUUUUCACUGUUUACACCAUUAGAAGUCAAUAUUAUCUUACAUUUUGUCAGCCUAGAAAAUCCAUCUGGAAAAUUGUCAAGACACAACUUUGCCCAACUUUUGGAUCCUAA